AUGAAGUACGGGACUGCUUUGGUUGCCCUAGCGGGCAUUGCUUCGGCCCGCGAGAUCUCUAUCUACUCUCGCAAGGCUUCGAAGCGUGAGGUUCCCCAGGAGCACUCACACGAGGCUAUCCUCCGCGCCACCAAUGUCGCCCUCAAACUCAACAACCCCCUGAACAUUGUUGAUGCUGUCUUUGCCCUGCUGGGCAAUGCAGCCGCUGCCACCGGUGCCCCAGAGGUCGCCAACCUCGACUGCCUUCAGCAGAUCGUAGCCGACCAGGCCUUCACCAACGCUAAGGAGGCCGGCGACCUGGACGGCCAGAUCCAAGCCAUCCUGUUCCGCGCCCUCGAACGCAAUACACUGCAGGUUGGCCUGGCCAGCGAGCUCUGCAAUGAGACUGCGGUCAAUCCCGAGAUUGCCAACAUCCAGCAGCACCAGGACCCUGCCUCGCCCGAGGCCGUCAACAACGCCGCAAUCGAGCUUGAGGUUGCCAAGUCCCUGGCAUCCAUCGGCGCCGACCCCCUCCUUGCUCUGCAGAGUGCCACUUUCCCCCCAGGCGAGCUUGAUGAUCCGACCGCUGCGGGCAACACAUGCAACGACGAGAACGAUGCCGCCGGCUGCAUUGUCACGCUGAAUCUCCUCACCCCCGCGGUCACUGAGGAAGAGAUCCUGGCUGCCGUGGCCGAUAUUGACGCCGGCGCUGGCGCGGGUGACGAGGCUGAUGCCGAUGCCGGAACUGGCGAUGCUGAAGAUGCUGCAUGCACUGUCGUCGUCGAGGAGCCCGCCGGUGACGACGCCAACGCCGGCAACGACGACGUUGCGACCGGCACCGUCAACGUCCAAGCCUUCGGCGGCAACCUCGGCGGCCCCCCGCCCCCGGUGCAGAGCACCGCCAGCGCGGACCGCCCCUUUUCCGUGAACGGCGCCACCUUUUUGAACGCCGGCGCCGCCAUCCAGCGCUCUUGCGCCAUCCAAAAGAACGCGUGCGCCAACGCUGCCAACGCGGGCCAGCUCGCCGGCGGCACUCAGCAGUGCGACGCCCAGGAGGACGAGUGCCGCGCCGCCAACAACCUGAAGAGACUCCGCCGCCGCUCGACCCCUUUGUCUUCCUCCUCCCGCGGCUACCGCCGCCAGGCAGCCAACGGUGGCGGCGGCGGCGCCCUCGACUUUGGCGAGUGCGGCAGCCCGGCGAUCAAAUUCGCCGUCGGCCUGGACGGCCGCAAGGAGGCCAGCUUCCAGAACGUCAACAUGGCCGACUUCAACCACGGGUCGGCGCAGGCUAUCCGCAUCAUUGCCGAGUUUACCUGCCAGCGCCUCGAGAGCUCGUGCAAGGCUGCCGACGAGACAGUGCAGGCUUGCCACCAGGCAUCGCAAGCUGCCCAGGCGGCUACGGGCCAGGCGGCCGCCAACGCGUUCAACUCUAUCUUGGGUGUGACGGCUUGA